AUGACCACUUUGGCCAGGCCCCUUCGGAGCAGCAAGGAAGCCACGAAGGAUGGCCAGAGAACCUCCCGCAGCCCCUCGGACGUCUCCAAGCUCCUGUCCCCACAGCCUGAGGGCUCCCAGCCCUCCCAGUUUGGAGCAGGCAAUAGCCCAAGCAGCCCCAGAGCACAGGUACCACUGGAAGAGGUCCCGCUCCAGUCCUCGGCGGCUUCCACCUGUAGUGACCGCAGCUUAGACGUACAACCUGGGACCCCGAAGACAGAGGGCUGUCGAUCCGUCUCUACCGAGAGCAAGAUCACCUCCUGUGAGGAGGAGCAGCAGAGCCAGCGGCCCAGCUUCAUUCCCAAAAACAUACGCCAUAAGUUUGGGAGCAGCUUGGUGGACCAAGUGGUGUCAGAGAAUCAGGCUCAAAAGGCCCUUGGCAAUACCUUGGACGAGUCAAAGACAAGUACCUUGUGGGUUGGCAAUUCCCAGAACCUGGGGCAAGGGCCCCCCAGCUACACCGAUUACUAUGAUUUGGGUUACAGCACACGGUCGAACUUGUUUCAAGGGGCCGCACAGGAGACAGUGAGCCUCAUGAAGGCCUCCUACACCCCAGAGGUGAUUGAAAAAUCCGUGAGGGACAUCGAACACUGGCAUGGCAGGAAGACGGAUGAACUGGGACGUUGGCACCAGAAAAAUGCCCUGAACAUGAGCUUGCAGAAGGCGCUGGAUGAGAAAUUUGGAGAAAAAAGCAAGAGGGACUUCAAGAGCUAGAGCCAUCCCGGAAGAGACGCUCUGCAUGCAGAGACAGUGCUAAUAAAAGACAAGCACACUCAGGAACUUUUCCUCUGCUUGAGCUAUCUUCAUGUGGCCUGCAAACUCUGCCCAAGCUGAGCCUGAUAGGCUCUGGAACCCAACUAGUCUAUAUUUUCUUUCUCAGC